GACAUUCUGUCUCAUUGUACACGGCUACAUAGUUAAGAUUGCAGGUAAACGUGUAUUUAACACUUAAAUUCGAAUUUUCUCCGAUUAACCACAUCAGCAUAUUAUUUAUUGGAUCGGCAAUGAGUAUGAUGGAAUUCGAAGACAGUGAAGGUUUCCACCAUCUUAUCUCAGAGGAGAACAUGCUUAUGACACCACCCAGGGAAUCAGACUCGGAUGUGCUUAUGGACAUUGAAUUUUCAGAGCCUUAUGAAUGUUCUACUUGUAAAAAUAACACGGCUGAAAUGAGGAGAUACUUGAAGAGUGUAACCAGCGAGAGUUUUCCACAGAUUCCACACACCGUCGAGUUGUUUGACCAGGUGUUCAUUAAGGGUCACUUAAAGCAAAUGAACAGGAUAAAUGCUUUUAUGAUGAUGAGACAAUGGAUGAAUGUCAUUAGGAGUGCUGAUAAUACGAGUUAUGGAAAGAGCAAGCUUGAAUUCCGUCAGGACAUUGUGAAAUUUUUGGAGAUUAUCAAAUACAUCAUUGUAAGUGAUGGUGCAGAUGGAGAGACCUGUGAAGACCUAAUGAACGAAGUGUAUGGUGUCCUUCUCUACACCGAUAGGUUAUCAGACCUGGACCGAGACAUAUCUGAUCCUGAAGAAUACGAGAGUUGUUGUUUUCAUAGUCGACUAGAUAUUUAUGUUGGCAUUCUUAAAAUUCUGCAUGCUGUAGAGGUCAAAUCAAUAGAUUCCCCAGAGAGCAGCUUCCAGAGGAAAUGUGUUCCACAGAACCAGUACAGGGACCCUGGAUCAAGUUUCCUGUCCAUGGUGCAAUUGAUGGUUUGGGAGCUGGUGACACUGGCCAAGAAGAUGUAUACUCUGGCUUCUCUUCAAGAUCUGCCGACCAAGUCUCCGUUCCCCUGUCCCUGUGUUUUAGAGGUGUGGAAACAUGUCAAAAUGUUGGUGGAUCACGCCCAUCAGAGGAACCGCGGGGAAGAGUUGUUCUACGUGCUUCUUUUUGACAUUAUCAAAAGGCUUCUUCAAGAACCAGACCCUAAAGAUGAGGAGAUUGACUCUGAUGUUUUUGAGUGCCCGCCUGGGGAUCUCUUUGGAGAAGACAAUGCAGAAUUCUGUCUGUGGAUUCUUGUUCACAUCUCAAAAAUGGCAACAGCUCACAACACACAGCAGAAUUUUGGUCAAAAAGUUGUGGAGAUAAUAUCAUCUGUACUUAAAUCAUGUUUGUCAAAAGAGAGUAUUACAGAGGCCCAGCUUCGUUUUUUGGUCAGUAUGUGUCAUGAUCUGCCCACAGAUACAAGGGCAGGAAUCCUGAUUCUUCUGUGGGAGUUCUUCUACAAGAAGAUGAACAGCAGUUUUUCUUUGAAUACCAAGAGUAUUGAAUCAGUCCGAAGACUUUGUAAAAGUGCAGGCCAACAGAUAGAACUGUGUUGCAGAAUCAGCAAUGGUGAAAGUAAGGUGGACGACAAUAGUUACAUCAGGUUUCUUUGUAUUCUUUGUCAAACUCUGCAGGAGAAAGGGAGUCUGUCAUCAGAAUGGAAACAGAUGAAGGGAAGGAUAUUUUCAAAAUUCCAUGUCCGUCGUAUGCAAGAACUUACAGACACAGGUUUACACAACUUCUUCUGCCUUUUUUUGAGCUUGGCCAUUACAGCAGACACAGAAGAUAUAAUUUUAAGGAUGUGCAAGUUCAGUGACGCGGUCCUGGGUAGUGAAGUCUCCUCUGUCAGGGUCUGUCUCCUGAGGGGACUCUUUGCUGCUGUCUUGUUGUAUAUACAGAGAAACAUCAGUGUGGAAAGUUUGUCAGAAAAGUUGGUCAGCAUCUUCAAUAUGGCUUCCAUAGACCUAGGUCAGGAUGAAUUGAGGCGUUACAAUCAUUGGACUGUGGUGUGUGCUUAUGUAGAGCAUGUUGCAGAAGUUUUUGAAAGAAGCAUUGAUGUGGAACUGUCUCAGCAUUUAUUUAUUGGGGAGGGAUUUGGAAAACUGAUGGACACCUGUAAAACUUCUGAAGUCAGUGGCUUGGUCAUCACAUUGCAGGAAAUUCUCUCCAAGUUUAGAGAUAUUAUAAAAAGAGGCUUCGUCAUGACAGCAGGAAAUUCAGCGAUGUAUUCCGCAGUGAUGUCCAACAUUGCCCCGCCCCUGAGGACACUCUGUUGCAGUCAGACAGCCCCAGAACCAUGUGCUGACCUCCUGGCAGCUUUGUGCUUAGUGUCAAUGGAAUGUAAAACAGAAGACUUUGUCAGCAUCUUUAACUUCUCCACCAGUGAUUCAGUAAACAAGAGCAUCGCCAGUCGCUUUCUGUCCCAAGUUCUCUCCGUGGAUGGAUUUGUACGGAGGUUGUCGGAGCACUGCUCGUCUUAUGAUGUAACCCUGAUUCAGGCCUGGGUCGCGUCCUCCAUACUGGUCCCCCAAACUCCCCUCAGACUCAGAGACUUUCUCCAAGUCCCCGCGGUGAGUGAGAUGUUUACAACCAGUGGUCUGGAUCCUCCAGAAGACGGACAGAUCAUUCACUUUAUACAGGCAAUCAAGAAAACUUAUGAUAAAACCACGGGCUGGAAAGAGAGGAUAUGUCUGAGGGAUAAAGUGAUGCAGUAUUUUGUGGACAUUCACAAACAGAUAGCUCCUGUGGUGCAGGCCCUUCAACCAGUCGAUGUCCUGCAGAAUGUAUACGCUGUACUGGGGUACCUAGUGAAGCACUGUGCCCCUGUCUUAUUUCUUCAGUCAAAACCAGACUGCCCCCUCCCCAACAUACUGACAGCUCUAGUUGUCCCACACUUCAUGUUCAAUGCAGACAAACCUCCUAAAUCAGCCUUCCUCAACACUGUAGGUGCAUACCUGCACCAGUUUGUGAUCGGCCUCUCCAAGCUUGAAUACAGGCGGGCCACUUAUGUCAACAGAAAGCUGGGAGAUAUUGUUUCCAUUUAUCUACCAAAGCUCUGGAGUUCCUCCAUGGGUCCUUCAAGGCAACAUCCACUUGUGUUGUCCUUAAAAUCCACGUUCGUAAAGAAUCCUUCAGAUACAGAUGUUGCCUUCAGACAUUUUGUGUUGGAACUUGUGUGUGAAAAAUUCUUGCAGUUUGAUUAUCAGGCAUACAACCCUCACCAGCAAUAUGCCAUCAAAUAUCUGGUGGAAGUGGUCAAGCACACAACAGACCCAAAAGUUAUUGAGAGUGACUGUAGAAUUAUUCUGUACCCUAUCCUGAAAGUGGAGCUACUGAUGUCUUCCCAGCAAUCUGAGCUUCUACUCCUGAGUGUGAUGGAGGCUGUGUGUCUAAGUCAGAGGGACUCAAACAUAUCAAACAUUUGUACGAUUUUGUCCAAAUUCAUUGCUGAUCAUAAGAAGGGUCAUCUGGAGGCUUUAUUCAACCUGCUACAGAAAUUACCCCCUAGAUGUGGCCCCUACAUUUCACAGAUUAGCUCUCAACUACAGCAUUGUUUGAUAGAAAACGAGUCAUUUAGAGGGGUGGGGAGGGAUAAUACUGUCAGGUCCAAGUAUUAUAAUUUGAUGAAGCAUUUCAAUGUGGGAUCCUAAUUGUGAAAAAGAGCGAGUUACUCAAAUUAAGACUGCUUGAUGUGAUGGAGAGCCUCAAGAUCACAUAUAUUUGGUCUGGCCAUGUAAUAGUGCAAACCAGAUAUUGAAAGCUUCCUGUGAAGACUUUUAUUAGAAUGUCAUUGUGGCUCAAUCCACACAUUUGAAUACCAAGUGAAUGAACUAACCAAAUCAUUGGAUAAUUAGAGUCUACAGAUGCACCUAGUUCUUUGUAAACUGUGACCAAUGAAUAUACCUGGUAACCCGUUACAUGGAUAAAAUCUUUGUCGUUGGUUUUACAUGACGUCCUAGCUUGUUUGCCUUGUUAUUAAAGAUGCACUGAAAAAUGCAACUUUUGUACUGUACUGUAUGUGCGAUAUUGUUUUUAUAUAUAUUUAUAUUUUAUUAAAUCAAGCAAGACUGUG